GGUGUUAGAACUGGGAAGGGGGACACGGGAAGAUGCAGUGUGAGGGAGCCCUUCCUAAGCCAUCUCUGUCGUGGGAGCACAAUUGACACCUUCUGCGAGCAGCAGACCAAAGAGAUCACACAGGAAAGGAAGGCUAAAGAUUUCCAUCAGUGUCCACACUGGCAUCAACUUGUCUUGAAGAUCGGAGUGGCUGGGUACGUUGUCCUGCUGAUGACAAUCAUAGUGCUGAGUGUUUGGGUUUUUCAGGGCUCCUCAGGGAGUGGACUGGCCGCUGAAGGUGAGGCGGCCCCCGAGAGACCCAGAAAUGAAAGUAAAUGCAUCGCCAGCCUGGAGAAAUUGUCUUAUCUGAAACAGCAUCUGUGUGACCCACCCCAAAGCAGCUCAACAGAGGGCUCCAGGUGUGUACUUUGCCCCAGGUACUGGCUGCCAUACAAGGGAAAAUGUUACUGGGUGUCUAAAGAAACUAGAAUGUGGAACAGCAGCCAUGAGGACUGCAUAACAAAGAGGUCUCAUUUACUGGUGACCCAGGACCAGGAGGAGAUGGAUUACAUACAGACGAUCACAUCCGAGAAAAAUUCUGUUUGGAUCGGAUUAAACUUUAAAUCUCCUGAGAGGACAUGGAUUUGGGUAGAUGGCUCCCCCUUCAAUGAAAACCUGUUCCCCAGAGUAGGGAGGCCCGGUGAAAGAGACUGCGGGGUGUUAAAAAGAAACCAGAUUGCGUCGGAAACCUGCAGCGCUGAAUUAAAAUGGAUUUGCCAGAAGGAUGCGCUCCUGAUAUAAGCAAGGCUGGUCCAAAUCUGUUGUUGGUGCAAUUGACGGAGAAAAGGCCUUCUGUCUUGGUCUGUCCUGUGAAGAUUAUCGCAAGGGCUGUGUAACUUCCUUUGUUCCAUGGUUUGAAACAUCUGGGGUCGGAUCCUCAGCUGACGUAAAUCAGCAGGGCCUCAUUGAAGUCAGCAGACCUGGGGACCAGUUUACAUGAGAUGGGGGUGAUGCACCAUGGUUAAUUCACUGCUCUGGCUGCGUGGUCUCAUGUGCUGUUAAGAGUCUUUUCCCCAGUUCCAUCUCGCUCUGAGAUUCACUGUGGGGACUGGACACUAAGCAACUCCCUUGAAGGCUGUCACGGCUUCCAAAAACCACGGAUAGCAGGAAGGAGCCCUGCCGCCAACCUGGGGCUGCCAGGUUUUUUAAGCACGGUCCUCACUAAUUGCCUCCCUGCUGUU